AUGGCCCAACCGCAAGCAUUCGUGGACUGGGUGAAUACUUUUGAAAAGUUUUCCUCUUCUGUUUCAAGCAUCAAUGACCUUUCUGACGGCACUGUGAUGAUCGAUAUCGUAUGUGACAUUGAUCCAAAAUGGUUCAAGUUACAGCGGUUAGAUGCUCGUGAAGAAAAUUGGGUUAUAAAAUUCAAUAGACUUAAACGAAUGUAUAUGCUCCUCACACGUUAUUACGAAGAAGUCCUUGGUCUUUCCACAAACAACCUUGAAAAAAUAAAUCUAACUUCAUUGGUAAGAGAUGGUGAUGUAAAUGAAACAACUAAGUUAUGUUCUUUAGUGGUGACCAUGGCUGUUAGGCAUCCAAACAAUGCAGUUUACAUUGAAAAAAUUCAAACUAUGAGCCCAAAAUCCCAAGAAGGUUUAAUGGUGGCCAUUGAAAGCAUUAUGAAGAGAUUAGGUGAUCCAGCUGUACCAACUCCUGACAAACAGGCCAGCUAUAACCCAGAAGAUGAAAUGAAACUAAUGAAUUCAGAAUUUAAUAAAGCCUUGGCUGAAAAAGAAGCUCUUCAAAAAGCACAUCAAGCUUUAAUGGAAGAACACACAACACUACGUGAUCAAUCCGAAGCAGAAGAAUUAAAACAAAAAUUAAAAGAUAUGGAAAUAGCUAUACCACAAUCUUCUCAAGGUGGUAAAAUGGAAUUCCUUUUGAAAACAGAAGCUGAUCAACUUCGGCAUGAAUUAGCUCGAAGUGAAAAAAAACGACAUGAAGUUGAAUUAGCGCUUGAAAGUUCAAGUUCAGUGAUAACGGAUCUCACGCGUAAAGUUGAGGCAUCAAAAGGAUAUGCAGAUGAGGCAGCAAAACUUAAAGAUCAGCUUGAUGAAUAUAGACAUGCAGCUGAUAAACUUAAAAAAACUGAAAACGUUAUUGAAAAAUAUAAAAAGAAGUUGGAAGAUGAACAAGAAAACCGCAAUCUUCUUGAACGUAAUCAAGCAAUUGAAGAUAAAUAUCAAAAAGUAGCAAACUUUAAAACAUUAAUGGAAAAUUAUAAACAACAAAUCCUUGAUCUUCAAACCGAGAGAACAGAAUUGUUGAGUGAGAAAAAUAAAUAUGAAUAUGAAUAUAAACAUUGGAGAGCUGAAGCAGAAGCUUCUAAAUUAGACAAAUCCCGUGACUUGGAAACAAUACAAUUAUUGGAAGAUAGAAUAAAAGAAUUGGAAUUAGGUGAUGGAGAACCGCUUAAAUUGGAUGAAGAAGAGAAGAAUGAUUCAUAUGACAUUGAUCAAUCAAUUAAUGAUAGUGAACUUUCAGACGCUUUAAAAGGCACAACUAUGACAAAAUUGAAAUUAAAAAUUCUUGAAUUAGAACGUGAAUUAACAAGACUACGUGAGGGUAAAUCUGCAGAUAGCAAUGUUGAAUCGAACUUAAUAGUACUUCAAAAUGUGUUGGAUGACACAAAACGUAUGAAAGAGAAAUAUGAAAAGGAGUAUAUUAAAGCUCAAAAGGAAAAAAAUGUUUUAGAAAGCGAACUUGCAAGAUACAAGAGUGGUGCCAGUUCUAAUGGGUUGGGCAGUAGCGUGAUAAAUAGUGAUAGCAGCGAAUUGAUGGAUACCAAACGUAAACUUAUCGAGGCAGAAAUUAAACUUUCCAAAUUUGAAGAGGCAGAACUUAAACAUUCCAAAUUCGAAAAGGAAAAUGAAACUAAAUCAGAUCCUAAUCUCGAAAUUAGAAUGAAUGAGUUGGAAGCUGAGAAUGGAGAUUUGAAACGACAGAAUGAAAAACUCAUGGACUUCCUCAAGAAUUUGGAGACUAACAACUACGGCGAAGAUACCAAAAAUCAAAUUGCUGAAUUCCAUAAACAGAUUGCAGAUAGCAACAAGAAAUUUGACAACAGUAAGAGAAUAUUGGCAGAAUAUUAUAGCAUACUCGACAAACUUAAGAGAGAAAAUGAAGCCUAUAAAGUUAAAAUCAUUGAAAUGGAGAAACAAUUCGCAGAAGAAUUUACUUUAAUGACUAGUGCUUGGUAUAAUAUAGGUAGACGUAUUCAAGGCGAUCACGUUUCAAUUCAAAGACGUAAACCAACAUCAUUUCUUGGUCAACAACGCAUGCUUCACGAUAAUCAAUUGAAGCGGAGGUGA